AUGGCAUGUGGAGGUACUGUAUCUGCCCAAUUACAAGCUGUCAUAGACGCAUGCAAUGCUAUAAUUACCACUUGCAACAAUAUCAUUGAUGCUUGCGGUAGUGACGAUGAAGGUGAUGAUAGUCCUAGUAAAAGCUGUACUCUGGCAGUAGUUAAGGGAAUGGCCUCUUUGUACAAACAAACUAAGAAUGUCAUCAAAUUGAUCAAGAAAGUUCCAACUGUUCCUGGACAAUACGGUCAAUGCGUUACUGAUGCAACAAACAACCUUACCAGUUAUUUCACCCAGUUCGUACCUAACAUUAAACAAUGCUCCAAAUUGACUAGUUAAAAUUAUAAAUUUUUCUAUAUGUGAGAUAAAUAAAAAAAAAUUAAUAAAUAUUACAA